ACUCGGGGUCCCGUCCGCUCCCCCAUAGAUAAACUGGGUAUCGCCGAUCUAGUAGUCGGGUCGGUGACGACCGGCGAAUCCUCGGUGUUGUACGUUUUGCCUUUUUUUUUUUGUCUGUAUCAUGUUGUCGUCUGUUCAUACACCAGCUAUUUUGAUUUUUGUACAAAAAAGUUGACGAUAAUCGUUGUUUUCUGUGGCGGUGGGCAUGCUUGUAGUAUCGCAUCACCUGGUUCAACUAUAAGUGUUCCACUUCGACUCGUUCACGUGCUAGUCGAUAUCCAGGGGUCCCUAGUAUCAACUUCAAUGGCAUUUUGAUGUUGGUUGUCUAAUAGCCGUCCUCAAGGUCUAACCGAACUAAUUGAUUUCUUUAUUCCUAGUUGAUCUUUGACAUAUUAUUCAAAUGUCUCCACAACAUCUCCUUUGACGAGCUGUGCCCCUUGCAUACACAUCUAGGGUGUCUUGGCCUCUACAUCUCCUCAUCGCUGGAAAUUAUACAUAUAUUUCUGCCUACCUUGUGAGCGAUGGAAAACUUUUGGCAACUACUUUAUUUGACAGUCUUAUCCUACAAUAUACGUAUUUGGUGAAACAAGGACACCCGUUAUAAGAUAUGGCAUCCGCAAAGCUCUUUGAGGCCAUCCCGAGUUUUCCGGAUGAUGUGCCUACCGCAUCCAUAAACACUAUUUCGUUAGAGAGUAUACGCUCGGGUGAUGAAGCAACGGCGAAGCGAGUACUAGCCUCUUGUCAAGAGCUUGGGUUCCUCAUGCUCGACCUACAAGGAGAUGAGCUAGGCGAGACAGUGAUCAAGGAAGUUGAUCAGUUAUUCAGCAUUGGAACAGAGAUCUUGAACCUCCCAGAAGAGGUAAAAACCAAAUAUGCUCAAGAUAUCCCCAGAAGUUUCCUCGGAUUUAAGUCCCGUGGUGAAGCUAAGACCGAGACCAACGAACCCGACCGUUUCGAGUGGUUCAACAUCGGUCGGGACGGCGUCGUAGGAAAUGCGCCGCUGCAGCCGCUUCCAUCUCCAGCACAAUCUCAACUUCCCCUAUUAAAGUCGUUUAUCGAACAUGGUCAAGGUAUCAUCGCCUUGAUAAGCUCUAUCCUAGCUACUCAGCUCGGCCUCGCGCCAGAUGCUUUCACGUCGCUCCAGCGGCCGACCAAGCCCUCAGGCACAGUAGUCCGAUUCAUCAAAUCGUUCGCAAGCACAGAGCAAGAUGACUUGCGCACGAGCAUGAUACACCAUACGGACUUCGGCACCGUCACCUUACUCGCCAACGUACUUGGCGGACUACAAAUCCUGGCACCGGGGAAGAGUCCACUAGACGGAGAUGCCUGGCUCUGGGUGCGGCCGCAGCCAGGCUGCUUCAUCGUGAAUCUAGGUGACGCAAUGGUACAAUGGGCCGGUGGAUUGCUGCGUAGCAAUGUGCAUCGCGUUCGAUAUGCGCCCGGAUCGCAACGCUUCGUGGAUCGAUAUAGCGUGGCUAUCCUAGCGAGACCCGAACGCGACGCGAGCAUGAAGAGACUUAUUGGCGGCGGAGGUGAAGAUAGCGAAUUAAGUGCUUGGGAGUGGGAAGUUAAGCAAAUGAUGGGCUUGAAAAGGGCUAUGGAGAAUAAAGAGGGGAAAUAGUUAUUGCUUCAUACGCCUAUUUUGUCUCGUGUUUACUCUUCUGAAUUAGUUUUUCUGAUGUUGGAAUGCAGGCAAAAAUACAUUCAUCACAUAAUGGAAACAUGUAUGAAGAAGCCAUUUGUAUUCAAUGAAGACUAUUUAUUCAGGGACUCAGGGGUAUAGUAUCAAUCCAUUCUAUAA